CUGAGCGCCCAGACCUCACCAGCGAGUCCGAGUCCCUCAGGGCAGGUGCGGCGCGGCGGCCGGGUCCUCGCGCUUGGAGGCCCGAUGUGCCCUGGUGUCAGGACGCGUGGACCUGAGCUUGGGUGAAGCUCUGGGAAAGGGUAACACGGUGGCGACGAGAUGCAAGCGGAGGAGCCCGGCGCCCCCAGCGCCCCCGGUGCCCAGGGAAGCCAGAGCGCACCCAGCCCCGAGCCGCGCCUGUCCAGCCAGCUGCUGCCUGAGCUGUACACUUUUGUGGCGCGAGUGCUGUUCUACCUGGCGCCGGUCUACCUUGCCGGCUACCUGGGGCUCAGCAUAACCUGGCUGCUGCUCGGCGCUCUGCUGUGGAUGUGGUGGCGCAGGAACCGUCGCGGGAAGCUCGGGCGUCUUGCGGCCGCAUUCGAAUUCCUAGACAACGAACGCCAGUUCAUUAGCCGCGAACUGCGGGGCCAGCACCUGCCGGCCUGGAUCCACUUCCCAGAUGUGGAGCGGGUCGAGUGGGCCAAUAAGAUCAUCUCUCAGAUCUGGCCCUACCUGAGUAUGAUCAUGGAGAACAAGUUCCGGGAGAAACUCGAGCCCAAGAUCCGGGAGAAGAGCAUCCACCUGAAGACCUUCACCUUCACCAAGCUCUACUUUGGACAAAAGUGCCCCAGGGUCAACGGCGUCAAGGCACACACUAACAAGCGCAACCGAAGGCAGGUGGUCCUGGACCUGCAGAUAUGCUACAUCGGGGACUGUGAGAUCAGUGCAGAGCUGCAGAAGAUACAGGCUGGCGUGAAUGGGAUCCAGUUGCAGGGCACGCUGCGGAUCAUCCUGGAGCCCCUCCUGGUGGACAAGCCCUUCGUGGGAGCCGUGACGGUGUUCUUCCUUCAGAAGCCACACCUGCAGAUCAACUGGACAGGCCUGACCAACCUGCUGGACGCUCCAGGAAUCAA